AUGCCACCCAAAGUAAAGAUUUCUAUGAGAUAUAAGGCUAAUCGCUUGAAGUCAUACAAUGAAGGAGCAAGGAUACGUAACGGUAGAAAUAUUUUACGCUGGGCAGACAAUAAUGAUAAUCAAGUCAUUGAGCCAUUGGCAGAAUGCGGAUUUUAUUACACACCAAUAAAGACUGAUUAUACUCAAGUGACGUGUUAUUAUUGCGAUAAGAAGGAGAAUAUUUCCUCGAAUGUAGAUAUCGAAACACUAUUAAAGGCUCAUGUACUGAAAAAUGACACUUGCCUAUUUUCAUUGAUUAUGUUGUUGGAGAUAGAAGGAAAUCGGUUUAACACCAAAGAGUCAUCACUUAAAUUUUGGUCCCUGAUAGAUUCGCCAUUGAUAAGACACCCCUUAGAAAAAAGCUCCAUUUUAUUCAGAAAGAAAUUUUAUGGUAGAAAAUUUCCUUUGGAUUCUUCAAGGAGUUUCAAGGCAAAUAGUAAGAGUUUAAGUCAUUCAGGAUUCAUUUAUUCUCCAGUUUUUGAGGAUGACGAUAGAGUCAGCUGCAUAUACUGCAAUUGUUCAUUAGAAGGUUGGGAGGCAGAUGAUGAUCCACUUGAGGAGCAUAGAAAAAAUAGUGUUAAAUACUGUUAUUUCUUGGAUUUGAUUGAUCAGUCAAAGAAACAUGAAACUGGUAAUGAUAUUUCAAAACAGAAAAACGAAGAAAGCCCUAAGAUGUUAGGAAUCGAAGAAGAUAUAAAUGAAGAUAAAAGACUUGACGAUCGAGAGGAAUUUGAGUUUACGAAUAACUCGAAGCAAUUGAGACGCUCUAGAAGAUCAAAAAAACCAAAGAUUCUUGGCGAUCCAAAUGAUGACUAUUGGAAUAAACUUCCUGACAGAGAACUUUAUAAUGAGCUAAUGGGAAAGAAGGAGGAGACUCAAGGGGAUUCGGAUUUUGACUUUUAUGAGUCUGAUGAAUCCUAUAAAGAAGAAUCAGACUCGAACCUGCGUGAGUUAGAUAAAUACGACCGAAAGGUAGAGUUAAGAAAUACUCAAACUGCUUCGAACCUGGAAAUCAAAGAGGGAAAUAGCGAGAAAGCUCAAACCCACGAUGCUUCUAUUACUCAUGAGCACGUUUCGAGUGAAAGAAGUCCAGAUGAGCUUGAGAAAGAUGGGUUCGAAAGAGGAAAAGUCAGUGCUUUUAAUAAGAAAGAAGUAAAGCUAGAUGAAAAGACGAAGUCUGAACGUACAAUUAAAAGGAGGAAACUCAUCAACAAGCACUUUUCGCCGUCACCACCUGACUAUGAUAUAUCAGGACAUAAUUUGGGUGAUUAUAACGAAUCAGAUGUAAGCAAGCUCGAAAACGAAAUUCCAGUCAAUAAGUUAGGAAAUGAUUCACUUCCCGUGAUAGAAAGAGUAAGCAUGGAGACUGUCGUAGGUACACAGCCAGAGUCGAAAGUAUCAAACUCGGAGUCAUCACUGAAAUUGAAGCUAAAUUCUAAGAAGAAUGAAGUGAAGCUGAAAAAGAAACCGAAACCGAAACCAAAAACGAAAGCCAAAGCUCCCAAAAACAUCUUCAGCAAUAAAAGGUCAAAUGAGUACAACAUAUUGGAUAUGUCUUUUGAAGAUGAUCAUUCUGCAGCUUUUGAAAGUGGAGGUUCAAUAGUAAAAAAUGUUGGUAGCAAUGGUCACUUCAAGCGACAAGGAUGGAAAAAGAAUAGCUUAGAUAAGAGUGAGAAAUCAAAUUUAAGUUCUAGUAAAGAGAAUUUGGACUCCAAAUAUAAUCCGAAUACCAAGUUAGAAGAACAGCAUUCUAAAAAUUCUAAUGUUAAUAAUUCUAAUGUAUUAGAGAUAAAAGAAAACGAUAGUGAUGUUGUGAACAAUAAUCAAUCAGUUGCAUCAGUAAAAUUAUCACCGAAAGUAAGGAUCGACUCAACCGACUCUUAUAUUGGAAAUAUUGAUAAUUCAAUGCACUCUAGAGAGCCUAUGGACAUAGAUGAGAAGGAAGUUGUUUAUUCAGGGUAUAUCAAAGACAUUAAGAGUUUUAAUGAGGAGAUCGUAGAUAUUGUCAAUAACACUCCGGCAAACAAUAGUAUCCAAGGCACGGGUGCUGAGAUCAAUGCUAAAAUGAGUCCUGGGUUAGAGCACGAGCUCUUGGAGCUUGCGACUCCAUUCUCUAAUAAUGUCCUGUCAAAGAUUGACGAGGUGCAUGUAGAGCAGCGAAAGAGUCUUGACCAUGAAGAGAAAGAAUACAAUUUAAUAGCAAUUCACGCUGUAUCGGAAGAAGCAAAGCGUGAAAAGACAGGAUCUAGCAAUAAUGGAAGUCCACAAAUUCAUACUCUGACAGGAGCCAGCAGUGAUAAGACGCAUCAUAUGAAUGUAUCACCACAGUCACAUCUGAUUGAAAGUACAAACAGUCCGAUAAGCAAUGACAAUACCAAAGAAAAUGUACGGAGUGUAAGCAUUAUAAGUGAAGCGGAUAUUAUAGAAGAUUCUGUUUCUCAUCAAGGUCGACUUCCGAAUUUCUUAGAACCAAAGGAAGAACCUUCCACGUUGCAUAAAUUGAAUAAUGAAGAACAAAUCUUGACUACUAGAACUUCGUUGCUCGAACCAGAGCCUAUUAACGAUAAAAGCAUAAAUGGUCAAUUUGAUAAUUCCGAAGAGAACACAAUACACAGUAUUGGUAUUACUCAAGACCCUAUACAUAUUAGCAAAAAUGAUGAAGUCUCCAAAAAGUUUGACGAUUCGCCAUCCCAUUUAAGGACAGGUUCAUUUUUCCAAGAUGACACUAAGCAUAAUGCUUCCAGCUCUCCUGCGGCACAUAAUAAUAAAUCACAAAAGAACAGUAAAGAGUAUCAUUUGAAAUCUCCGAUAGGUGACGCCGAAAGAUCUUCUCUAAAAAUUGAUCUGUCUUACAAUAAAGUCUCAGGGAACUUUGCAAACCUAUUGGAGUCUAGUACUCCACAGGUUACUAAGCAAGAUACGGGAUUUCCGACCAGUACUACGUUCGUAGAGGCUAGAGGUUGGGAACCAUCUUCUCUAUCCCCGAUGCUAAAUACAUUGAACAACCUUGAAGAUACGGCGAACUACCUCAAGUCAAUUGCAUUAUCUAAUAAUGAUCUUCAUAAUGAUUUUGACAGUGAACUAACUAAUUUCAUUUCGGCUAUGCCUGAGAACGAGGAGAAUAUGUCAAUUGAAGAAUGGGUGAAGUAUAGUGCAUCAAACUGUGUCAAGUUACUAAAGGAUACAGCUGAUGAUAUGAUUAGUUUUUACGAAAAGGAAUAUAAGAAAGCCUUAAAAGCGAUUGAGUCAUUACCUACAAAAGAUUAA